AUGAAGAAGCUUUUCACAUUAUGGAGAAGGAAGGAUGAGCCCCACACCCAGCCAGGCUACAACCUUAGAGAUAAGGAUUUAAAGAAACUUCACAAAGCUGCCUCGGUCGGGGAUUUAGAGAAGGUGAAGGAGUAUCUUCAGCUCAAGAAACAUGAUGUGAACAUGCGGGACAGAGAACACAGAACACCUUUGCACCUGGCCUGUGCUAAUGGAUAUUCAAAUAUUGUAUCUCUCUUAAUUGAGAAACAGUGCAAAGUAAAUGUCUGGGAUGGUGAAAACAGAUCUCCAUUGACUAAGGCAGUACAGUGUGACAAGGAGAGUUGUGCUACUAUUCUUCUAGAACAUGGUGCAGACCCAAACCUGGUGGAUUUAUAUGGCAAUACUGCUCUUCAUUAUGCUGCCUGUCAUCAAAGUGACUCAUUAGUUGCAAAACUGCUUGAACACAAAGCUAAUCUUGAAGCUCAAAAUAAGGAUGGGUAUACUCCACUUUUACUUGCCAUUACUGAAAAUAAUGCAGAAAUGGUAGAAUUUCUUCUGAAGAGUGGGGCAGAUGUGAAUGCUUCAGAUAAGAAUCAAAGAACAGCCCUUAUGAUUGCUCUCAGUGAUGAACCAACAAGUUUAGUCAGUCUUCUUCUUCAGCAAGAAGUGAACCUAUCUUGUCAAGAUAUUAUGGAUUCACAGCUGAGGAAUAUGCUUCUUUCAAUGGUUUUACUAUUCUGUAGGCACCAGUGCUGGAUGCCUCAGGUCAAGCAAUUAACUGGGCAGGAACACAGCCCAACCCAUAGCAGACAGGCUACUUUAAGACCUCCUGAGCCCACAGCUGCCCCUGGACAGGGCCCUGCUCACCAGAAGGCCCAGGACCCAGGCCCACACUCCAGUGUAUAG